UUUGUACUAUGGCGUGUUUAGGGUCGGGAAGGCUCUGUGCUCGUAGUGUUGAGAAAUUGUGUCAGCUCGGACAAAAAACCCAAAUAAGAAGAAAACCUUCAGCUGCAUUUGUAAGGAUCAAAGAAGUUGGCAUUCAACCUUUAUCUCGGACCCUAGUGCAGCAUUGCAAGGAUCAUGGAGCUGUUACUUCACAAUCUCAGAGACUCUUCUCCUCACAACAAGCCGGUCCAGGACCUCUCCCUGACUACCAGAACGUCGACCCGUACAGACUUCUCGAGGACGAUCUGAAAGACAUUUACCGCGAUAUCCGACAGGAAUUAAGAUGGAACACGAACCAAGACGAACUUCACACGAUAGCUACCUACUACUUCGAUGGACAAGGCAAAGCCUUGCGGCCCAUGGUGGCUAUACUUAUGGCACGCGCCAUCAACCACCACAUGCACAAAAGUGGGUUAUUGCCGGCUCAAAGACAAGUGGCGAUGAUCGCAGAAAUGAUCCACUCCGCAUCUCUGAUACAUGACGACGUGAUCGACCAAUCCGACUUCCGCCGAGGGAAACCUAGCGUCAACGUCCUCUGGAACCACAAAAAGGUAACGAUGGCUGGAGACUUCAUUUUGGCCGUAGCUUCCAUGAUGAUUGCACGACUCCGAGACAAUGACGUCACCCUUACACUUAGCCAGGUUGUUACUGACCUUGUACAAGGAGAGUUCAUGCAGCUCGGUUCAAAGGAAACAGAAAACGAGAGGUUUGCUCAUUAUCUGACCAAGACUUAUCGGAAGACAGCAAGUCUUAUCGCCAACUCAGUCAAAGCGGUGGCAAUGCUUGCUGGAGCAGACGAGAAGACUUCUGAAGUUGCCUUCCAGUAUGGCCGCAACGUUGGGCUGGCUUUUCAACUUGUCGAUGACCUACUGGAUUUUGUGUCUUCUUCAGCAGCAAUGGGAAAGCCAACAGCAGCAGAUCUAAAACUAGGCUUGGCCACUGCUCCCGUGCUCUUUGCUUGUGAAAAGUUUCCGGAGCUCAACCCGAUGAUCAUGCGGAGGUUCCAAGAGGCAGGAGAUGUAGAGAAAGCGUUUGAGUUGGUACACAAGUCACAGGGGUUGGAGCAGACCAGAUUCUUAGCCAAAAAGCAUUGCCUGGAGGCUGCUCGAUUGGCUGGCUCUAUACGCGAGAGUCCUUAUCAGAGAUCUUUGAUGGUUGUUAGUGACUUGGUCAUCAAUCGGAUGAAGUAGCAGUCCAUCUCAGCUGGCUGCGUAUACAUUGCCUACAGAUAUUGCCUCAUACACGGGCUAACUUGUACAUAAUCAGGCCUUAACUUAUAGCGUCAGUUAGUUCACAUUAUACUCCACCCUUGAAGAUAUUUUAUAUUUUUUAUACUUUUGUGCAUUUAAAAUGCUUCAUGCAAACCGAGUUUGACUUUUUUGUAGACAUAAAAUACGUUCAGAUUAUUUAAUAUAUAUGAAUAUCUAUGAUCUUUUUAUGAAUGUAUAUCAAUGUCAAAUCUGAGUUUUAUAUUGAUUAUUUUAUUUCAUAUACUAUUUGUAAAAUAAAUAAAAUAUAGAUCGUACACAGUCAGUAUUAAACUAAUAGUGUCUUAAAUCAACUAUGUUCGAUUAAAAUAUCAAACCUUAGUUUUUAAUUCCGAAUUCUUCUUUUGUUGCAGUUGAAAAUUGUUAAAAUUCUUUAAACAUAAGGUCACCUUAUUAUACAGUCUGUGCAAUGUUUAUCGUGUAAUCCGAUAAGGAUCUUGUUAUUCUUUAAAUGUUUUAACCAAGUGGAUGGCUCAUUAGAUUACACCUGAGUUGUUGUAAAUAGAUUUUGAUUGAGAUCAGCUUUUGAAUUUUGCUGAUAACAGCAAAAGUUUUGGGUGAUAUUUUUCUCCCGAUUCAAGACCAAAAAGAGUGUCAAAUGUGAAAUGAGUGAAUGUGGCUUCUUCAUAUUCUGUCAGUUGUUUUUUCUUUAUGCUUUUGUUGAGUCGAAGAUUGUUUUAUCUAUCCUCCACUCACAAUUCCGUUUCUGUGCUUCCAAUCUACCAGACUGUGAUUAUAGCUCUAACUCAUCUUAUUUCUAAUUGUUGCUAUCUUUAACUAUCAGUCUCGUAUGAUUUUUUAUAUUUCUAGAAAUAGUUUAAUGUCUAUAACAAACAGAGAAAGAGAUAAUUGACUAAAGUGUUUUGUAAUUGAUAUAAUAAGAUUCUAGUACUUACUCUAAGAGAAAUGUAUGUUUAUAGAAUGAAAUGUAGGCAUUUGCUCAAAGUGUAUAUUUUAAACGCUAGUGUUUAAGUUUAAGUAUAUUACUCAAUUGUACAAUGAAUGUGUGAAUGAUUAUGUGCUACCAACGAAUCUUAUUCAGACGUUUUAUUUAGUUUUAAUUUGCCAUAUUUAUGCCAGAAGUCCUUCUUUAUUCAGUAAAGAUUAAAAUAUAGUUCUGGCAAUAAAAUUUACAAUUCCAUUAUUUAUCUUCAAUUGUUUAUUUGUUUGUUAAACUCUUUGUAAGGCAGUUUUGUAUGUGUUUCACACGAAAGAAUUCUAAAAUAUAUUCAAUUCACUUAAACUUUACUAGAAUUUUCAAGUAGCUUUAAUUUUCACUGUUAUUUUUUUACUGUUGGUAAAUAAUCAUGAGCGAUAACUGAAUCACGAUUACAAAUUUACAUUCAGGAUUGAGUUAAAACUGCCAGUACUUAAUAUUAUACCGUGCCUAAGGGACCACAUAAUAUGCAUUUAUUAUUCCUACACAAAACUGUAAUAUGUGCAAUAGACCACAGUUAGAUUAGCUUUAGAAUAUAUAUAUAUAUAUAUACAUAUUUAUUAUCCUUUUUAAUUAAUUUCUUGAUUUGUAAUAAUUAGUUGUAUGUUACUCAUUCAUAAUUGUAAUCUAAUAAACCAAAACACCUUCGUAAGGGUUGGUUACAACCACUGCCACCAGGAUUAUGUCGUGGUUUGAUAAAGAAACAUAUUUUCCAGAUAAAAUGUUUUAAGAUAAACACAACUUUCUAACUUUUAAUUUCUUCUCAGGUGAUUUUUCGUUUUAUUAAGCUUAUAUCCUUUGCAUAAUACUCAUUGACCAAUACAUGUUAAGAGACCAAGUAAACUUAAGAGUAAGCACACAUAAUUAUAAAAACCAUAUCUUUAGUUUUGUCAUUUACUUGUAAGUUAUAAUGUUACUUGUACACAAAUAUUAUUGUAAAGAAAUAUUUAUAUUGUCCAAAAACACUUGUACAUAAAAAUCUCCAGACUUAUUCCUAAUUAGCUUCUAACAGUGUUUUACCUUUAGUAUCUAACAACCACUCUGUGUUUACAAAGUGUUACAAUCACAUUACAACAUAAGUUGCAACAAUCUAGUUAAUAUUUUACUCUUUGAUUUUACAGACAACUAAAAAGAAUUACUUCACCUAUAACCAAAUAACACUAUAUAAGGAACAUUUAGCUUUUAUAUGUAAAUAUAACAAUACCAUAACUACGUGUAUAACCUGUAAUUAUGCUAUUGUAUGAUUGUUUGUAUACAUUGUGCAUGUGUAUAGAUCUGUGUAAGAGUGUAUACAGCCUAUUGUAUAUGAGAGUAAGUUUUUACAUCUAAUCUCAUGGUAGAGGGAUAUUUUUAUAAACAACAAAAAACUAUCACGAAAAUAAAAAUUCUAUGUAGUGUCGGGUUUUUAGGCCUUAUAAAGUAUUAUCAUCAUCUGUUUUGUAUACUUCAUCAUUUCGCUUUUAUGUUAUUUUUUUAAUAAAAUCUUUACUAAA